CUAGAUUACGGACCUCCGGGGUCCUUCCUUCUUGAUUUGUAGGCAGCAACGUGGACUCCCCGCGAUUGCACGUAUCACCACAAGCGGUUUCACGCACCUCGUGGUUGAGUGGUACCAGCCUCCUCUCAUCACCUCCACCUCCCGUACACAUCCCCCAACAUGGUCGAUAGAGAGCCCUACCAAGGCCUUUCCCGUAAACUCGUGCUUGCGUUCGAUGUAGGCACGACGUUCAGCGGCGUGUCAUACUGUAUUCUAGAUCCUGGUGAGGUUCCACGGAUACAGAGCGUCUCUAGGUAUCCUGCACAAGAGCACGUCGGUGGCGACUCGAAGAUCCCCUCCAUCGUUUACUACGAUCGGAAUCAGCAGGUCCGAGCUAUUGGCGCAGAAACCCGUCAGGGGCACGUCGUGGAGCAAGCUGAGAUGGAAGAAUGGACCAAACUGGAGUGGUGGAAGUUACAUCUUCGCUCUAAACAUCUCACUGCAGCUCACAUCAAGGACAUCGACAUUCCUCCUCUUCCCCAAGGCGUCUCCGCCGUGCAGGUUCUCGCCGACUUCAUGGGUUAUCUAUUCCACUGUGCCAAAACGUACAUCAUCGACUCGCAUGCUAACGGACUAGGUUUCUUCGCCUCGUUCGGCGAUAACAUCGACUACGUGUUGUCCCACCCAAACGGAUGGGAAGGCGUCCAACAGUCGCAAAUCCGUCGCGCGGCCGUCAUGGCAGGACUCGUGCCAGACCAGGGUAGGGAGGCUCAAGAGCGCAUCAGGCUCGUGACGGAGGGCGAAGCAAGUUUGCAUUACUGUGUAACCAACGUCCUCGCUUCGGAUACCUGGUCCAAGGUGCCGAUUGAGAAGUCGGAGCUUGACAAUUCUUCGGACACAGAGGAGACACCGGAACGGGGAGUUAUCAUCGUCGACGCUGGAGGCGGGACUAUCGAUCUGAGCGCGUAUUCUAUGAAUUCGGGGAUAGAUACAGGAAAGGCGAUGUCAUUUGAGGAAAUUGCGCCAACGGAAUGCCGGUUGCAGGGAUCAGUGUUUGUCACUAGGCGCGCUCACGCGUUUCUCGAAGAGAAAUUGGAAGGUUCUCCGUUCAACGAGGAGGACUACAUCAAACGGAUGACGGAAGUCUUCGACGAGACUACUAAGUUACGUUUCAGCACUGCAGAAGACCCUUGCUAUAUCAAGUUCGGUACCAUGCGUGACAAGGACCCCUCGUACGGUAUUCGAGCGGGUCAACUGAAACUUCAAGGGAUAGACGUGGCAACCCUAUUUGAGCCUUCUAUUCAAAGCGUAGUGGAGGCGGUUGAGAAGCAGAGCUCAAGUUCGCCGAUAAUUAUCUCGCACGUGUUCCUCGUCGGCGGGUUCGCCGCCAGCGAUUACCUGUUCAAACAGCUCCAAUCUCGCUUAUCAGCCACUGGCUUGAGCGUAUGUCGACCGGACAGUCAUACUAAUAAGGCCGUUGCUGAUGGCGCAGUCUCAUUUUACAUCGAUCAUCUUGUAUCGACACGGACAGCGAGGUUCUCGUACGGCAUCAAAACUAGGGUCAAAUAUGAUGAAGCAAACCAUGAACACCGGAUUAGAGAGCACAAACGCUACACAUGUGCUACAGGUGAUGACGCCCUCCCUUGUGGAUUCAGCACGAUACUGCCCAAGGGCGAACGCGUUUCAGAAACAAAAGAGUUCAGCGACUCUUAUCGACUCACUGACGAAUCAAAAGACGAGCUUUGUGAAAUAGGCGUGACGCUGCUAGCGUAUCGUGGUCCCUUCAAGGCACCGUCUUGGGUUGACGAGAAUGAGUCCGAUUUUUCUCAGCUGUGCACCGUGUUCGCCGACACGUCGGACAUCGCACAGGAUCUCGAACCGAAAACAAGGAAUGGGCACACGUUUUACAAAGUUUCGUUCGAUGUUAUCAUACUAUUCGGGCUAACGGAACUGCAGGCACAGAUACGGUGGCUAGAGAAGGGGGUCGAGAAACGGAGUCCUGCAAGUAUCGUGUACGAUGAUGAGGUGUGAGAUGAGGAGCAGUAGUUUUUCAUAUUGAGUAUGGCGAUAUGUGUAGUAGAACAAGGUGGUGUAUUGCUGUUUACUUUGCCCUCAUCCUUUGCAGUGCUAGCUUCCGUUUGCAUCAGUUACUUUCACCCCGCUGAAGACGAUAUCGAGAUUUAUUUCAUUGGUUAUUGCUAGAACCCUCAAAAUCUAUCCCUCCGAGUGGGAUCGACAACAGCGUACCGACUAAUGAACGCUCAAUGCACACGACCUAAACUGCAACCUUCGCCUUGGAGCUCUUGACACCUAGCUCUUCAGCGAGUAUCUGGAGCGCGAGGUAACGGCUGAAGUACCGAGCCGUAGGCAAGCCACCCGGGAAGAUCCAUAGACCCUGUUGACUCGUUGGUCGACCAGCUAAACAGCGAAGCUCGCCGACAUCGUCGAGUCCCCAGACACGCCCAACUUUGGCGGCAAUGGCUGGGCCCAUGAGUUUCUCGAUCGUUGAUGCCCACGGAUGAUAUCCAGUUGCGAGCACCACGACAUCAGCUUCGAGCUUUGACCCGUCAUUGAAGACGACGGUGUUCUCUUCAAAGUAAGAAACCUCUACACCCUGCUUGACCUUGACGUGACCGUCUAUGAUGAGCUGGCCAAUUCCGGUAUCGAGCAUGCUUCCAGCACCGAGUGCCUCAUAGACGAAGACGGGAGCGCCAGCACCUUGGCCUUCGUGCUCCCCCCACAUCAACUUGAGGCCUUUUGCUUCGAGUCGCAUAUGAAGAUCCUCGUCGAGCUUCUUUUUGUCCUCAAGGGUAUCUUUGCCCAUCUGGAUAACCAGUCGAGGUGGGAUCGAGUUUGCAAUGAGGUCGGCAUCAUCGAGAUCGCGCGUCUCCGGGUAGCUGUGCGCAAGAUCAUCCGAUGCUGUCUUAAGAGAAAUUACAAACGACGCGGUUCUCUGUAUCAAUGUGGUGGACGAUGCACCCUUGGAGACAAAAUCCUGCGCUAUAUCGGAUGCUGCAUUACCCGCGCCAACAAUAACCGUACGCUUCCCGGCAUACCCAUGACCGCCUUUGUGAAAGUCGGAGUGGUAUAACUCGCCUCUAAACACCUGCUGCCCGGGUAUGUCGGGUAUGUACGGGGAACCGCCACCAGUCGCAAUGACAAGGUGCUUUGGGUUUAGUGUGACAUGGUUUCCCGCGCGAUUGACGACCACGGUCCACCUCUUUGUUUCAGAGUUGAAUGUCGGAGUCGGGUCUGAUAGCACGACGGAAGAUGUCCAGACCGUGAGCUCUUGCUGGAUUGCGUAGGACUCCAUGAAGUUGGCGAGUUUCGUUCGUCCGAUGUACUCCGGGAAGUUCUUGGGGUACGAGUGAUAGAGGUAGGAACUGUAAUGCGCAGGUAGGUGCAAUGACAGAGUUGGGUAUCUAUUUCGCCAUACAUCACCAACGCGAGGUGUCUUCUCGAUGACCAACGCACGAAUUCCGGUCUGACGGAAUCGAGCAGCAGCCAUGAGCCCGCAGUGACCGCCUCCAACGAUGAGAACUGUUGGGUCGCGCUCAAUAGCCUCGACCUCUUUCUGCCUAUCCUCCUCCCAGGUCGUCAUAGCGGUCGCAUCGAGAGGUAUCCCCCUGGGACGCGAAGUCGGCUCUUCAUGGCCGAUGAGCUCAUGAAGAGAAAAGUACACAGUGAGCGCCUUGUAUCCUUCCGAGGAGGGAAUAAGUCGGAAGAAGCCUCUCCCUCGUGCCUGAGGCUCGCGUAUAGCGAACCUAAACGCGCUCUGAAUCCCGGAAACAUUGGUUCCAGGAACGGGAAACGUAGAGGGCUCGCCCAGUGUGCUGUCCGAGUCAAUGGUGAGGCUGUGCAAUCCGACCACAUCGAAGCGACGUCCAUCCUCAAGUGGCUCGGACAGGAACGCGGCGAUCUUGUCACGUCCUUCAACGCUCGCGAAGUCCCAUGCAAAGCAAAGGAUAUCUCUUAACCAGCCUUCAGGCAAGAAGUGCUGGGUGAACUUGUCGAGGUCGCGAGAUGCAGCGGCCUCACCCAGACUAGCAAGCCAAGUGGUAGCGAUCUGGCAAAUAUCAAUCUCUCUAUCAUCCGGGGUCAUGGUGCUGAGUGACUAGAUGUGGGCGUGUAAGCGGAAGAACC